UGUCUGCAAAGUUUUCAGAAAGACUGAAAACUACUUUAAUGAACCUGCAGAAUCGUCAAGUGGCCUAGGGAUUGUAGUCGCAAGUGAGUUAGAUGAAGAAAUGGUAACAGUUCCUAUCGAAGACAUUGAUUUCAAAUACUUUUGUAUUCCUAUCGAAGAGAAAUAUUUGCUAAUACCACUUUUACACCAUCUUUUUAACACAUUUUCUCAUUAACCACUGAUUUGCACAUUCCACUUUCAAUUCCGCAACUUUCAAAUUUAAUAUACAAUUUUGGUUUUACUAAUAUAACCAAAACUGUAUAUAAAUGCAAUAUAAUAAAAAACAUAAUAACAAAUAUAAAACAUCAUAAAAAAUAUACAUACAGUAUUGUUUAUAUGUUAAGCAACAAAUUCCAAAUGCAAUAUGUUGAACGACAUUUUAACAAUACUGUAUAUUUUUAUGAUGUUAACCUAAUAUAAUUAAUAAAAUAUAAUAUAAUAAUAAUAUAAUUAUUAUAUGUACAAAUGAGUAACAUAUUCGAGACGCAAGAUGAAGGUGAGAUUCCAAUCGUUGAGAGGAUUGAGCGGCGCCAAUAUUCAGUGGGAAUAUCAAGAACGCAACAAAACUCGGAAUAUUCAGGAAAGGCUGGAAAAAUUGGAGGAAAAUAUAUGUAUAACUUUGCAGAACCAAAAAACGCUUAGUGAAGGCCAAUCGUCGAUGGUUCACAACCAAACUGCAAUAUUUGAAAAACUGAAUGAGAUGGAGUCGAAAAUUGUCGAAAAGGCUGAGGUUUUGGCGCAAAAUAAGUCAAUCAGAGAAUGCAAAGUUCUCUUAAAACGAGUUGAGCAGUCAGUGUGCCGCAUGACCGGCGAAGUGACUGAUAAAGAGCUGGACGACGUCGCUAGCACUUUUCCGAUGGAGUCGCAAGCAAUAGUUGCGGAAGUGGAGGAUAGACUGCAAAGCCAGGACUAUGCCCAAACAAUGACUACAUUCCUUCACAAACUUAAAGGCGCCAGUGAUAAUGUGGCUGACGUAAUGCCUAAGGUUUUCUCGGAUGAGCUCUUGGAAGGUUACAAUUGGGAUGGCAGGUGGAGCAAGAAAUCCCUAUGCAAGGGUGUAGGAGUUUCGAGCAAAAUAUAAAGCGAGCAAUACUGCUCAGCCACCAUAGGUUAAAGCAGCGCACUUAUUUACAAAAAAAAGGAAACAAUAAUUAAAUUUAAAGUACGAUCAACUAAACCCAAAAAAUGAAGCUUUAGUUUUACAUUAAUUUUUUUUUAC